CGUAAUGCUUGACGCUGUAUUUUUUGAUGAUUUUCUUGUUUAGUUCAUUUGUACUGAUCACUGACUUACUUUGAAUCUACUGUAGAAUCGAACUACUUAUGGUAGAUGUUUUAUUGAAAAAAUAAUUUUUACGAAAUAAUUGUGUAAUCUGAAUAGUGUUCUUCACACGUUCUUGACUGUUGACUAAAUAAUCUGGCGGCAGGUAGUGGGGUGAUGUCCUAAGUCUGCCAUGUAGAUUGAUAUUUUUUACGAGUGUUUGUAUUUAGUAGUAUCGGUAUAUGUCGAACCUGAUGUUUAAUUAAUGUUUUACACUCGCAAGACUGGCGUCAUCGUUGUGUGCGUUUAACUAUUGAUAUGGAAAUAAAUAAAGAAACGGAGAUAACCGAGCCAUUUCCUCAUGCUGUAGCUGCCUUGGAAGGCAAAAUUAAAAGCUUACAGCAAUUGAAGAAGAGUACGGAGUCGCUGAAGAAGGCGCAGAGGAGCGGCCACAGCCUGGACUCGGAGCAGCGGUCGCUGGUGGCCCGGCUGGAGGAGGUGCAGUGCUCGCUGAAGAACCUGCUGCAUGUGCAGAGGCAGUUCGCGAACAUCGCGCGGGACUCGGCGAGCGAGCGCCGGCAGCGAGCCCUCAGGACGGAGCUGGAGCGCACUCGGCAGGACAUCACGCGCAUCAAGGAGAUCCUGCUGGUGCAGGAUGUCCUUGAGAACAUGCGAAAAGAAGAAGUGCGGAAGGAUUUUUUGUGCGGUCAAAAUGGAGCCGUGAGACUUUCAGAAGAAGCACUCGACAAUUUGGAUGAUUUUUAUGUUGAGAUUUCCCUUGUACGAGGCACUGCAGAUGAAUUUCCAGCAUUUCAGGAUCAGCUCCAGCAGAGCGCUGAGCACUUGCUGGCGCUGGUGGAUGGCAGGGAGGCGGAGAUCAUUGGGACCACCUACGCCAAGCUGAAGGGAGUCAUCACAGCCAUAUGCAUGUCUGGUUACUUCGACUAUCUGGCCAAGGAGACCAGUUUGUAUUCAGGCGCUGCUCAGAGCAGAGGGGCGGGGGAGAAGGGCUGCGGCGAGGACGACGCAGAGAUGGCAGACCGGUGCAUCGCGUCGAGCCAGGCUGUUGCGCGAGAUAAUGUAAAAGCAUGUAAUGGCUUUAAAAGAUCUCCUCAAGAAGUGGUUUCUUCCUCAACUGAGGAGGAAAUAGCAAAAGAGUUGCCCUCAAGUGUUGCGGGAAGACAGAAUGGUUCUAUGUUACCGCAAGUGAGAAAAAGCACUCGUGUGAAAGUGGCUUCUCGAAGAUUAUCUGGAUUUUUUUUGGAAAGCUGGGUGCCGGUAACAGACAAAGACACAGAGUCGGAAGAAAGGCCUCUAUGUUGUUCAGUGUGUAAAGCCGUUUUCCCCAGUCAGCGUAGUCUUCAGUCUCACAUGCGUACCCACACUACAAAAGGUUUUUUCUCGUGUGAAAUUUGCCAUGAAAGGUUUUCUUUAAUUGCCGGCCUCAAAGAUCACAUGCAGACCCACGGUACUAAAAAACAACACCGUUGCAAGUUGUGUGAAUCAAUGUUUUCCUUCCGUGGGGACCUAAAAAAACACAUGCGAAGGCACACUUCAAAAAACCAGUUUGAUUGUAGUUCUUGUAAAGCUAGUUUUUCAAGGAAAAGUGUACUUCAGAAACACAUAACAGCAAUGCAUUCGUGUGAGAGGCCCAAUGUGUGUCAUCUCUGUAACACCACAUUUCCCCGUAAAGUAUCGCUUAAAAUUCACUUGCGCAUCGCCCAUGCUAUUGGAGCACCGUUCCAUUGCAACGUUUGCAAAGCCCAGUUUUUCAAAAGAGCCGACCUCUGGGCACACUCCACUUCCCAUCCUGAUGAGAAACCCGUGCCUUGCGCGGUUUGCAAAGCCAGGUUCGCUACGGAGAACCAUCUGAAAUCCCACAUGCGUUUUCAUUCCGCCAGAAACAAGCAGUACGAAUGUUCAGAUUGUGGUGCAGUGUUUUCAUCGCGAGAUACCAUCAUAGUUCACUUGCGUAUCCACUCUGGUGAGAAACCAUUCAGCUGUGAUGUUUGUGGGAUGAGUUUUGCCCGGAAAGAAAUCUUUAAAAAACACUUCUUGAUCCAUUGUGAUGAUAAAGAUUUCUCAUUGCCAAAGGGCAAAAUGAAAUGGAAGUAUACAAAGAGUGUUAUUAACACUUGGAACUGCAGAUAUUGUAAAGCCACUUUUGCUCAUAAAAAUGAAUUUAAGGUACAUACGCUUGUCCAUAAUGAUAAAAAACCAUUCUCAUGUUCAGUUUGUGGGGCAAAGUUUAUUGGAAUAAAUUAUCUGGAUUCUCAUAUGCAAUCUCAUUCUAAUGAAAAACCAUACCAUUGUAGAAUUUGUAAAGCCAGGUUUGGCUACACCAGCAGCCUUAAACAACACAUGCUGAUUCAUCUAGGCAUAAAACCUUACAAGUGUACCAUCUGUGGGUCCUCUUUUUCUAGAAAGGGUACUCUUUAUUCUCAUAUGUAUAUUCACGUUGCAAAGAAAUCUGAAAACAAUUUUGCAGAAAAAUAAAAAUUUGUGUUGCAAGACUCCAAAAAUUAAUGUAAUACUCAUAGCUAUAUAUAUAAUCUUAUAAUUUUAUCUAAUUGUUUUGCAAAACGUUUUCCAAAUUAUAUUUUAAACUAUAUCCAAACCUCACUUCUAUGGAUUCUAUCAGCUCACCAAAAUAUGUCUCUGUACUGCCAAUCUGUAUACAAACAGACAGAAAACGAAGGGGGGGAAAUUCAUAAAAAACAGUUGAUUCUGAUACUUUGGUUUGUGAAUAAUCUUAUGGUGAGAAAUUUAUGUUUGUUGUUUAAUAUGUACUUCUAAAUAUUGAGUUUUUCUAAUUAAGGUGGUUACAUGAUUACAAACACGAGGUAUUACUCCUAUCAAGUAAAGUAUAAUUAGAAAAAUACCUAUUUGUAAAUUUGUCCAAGGGUGACUGGGACAGGCCAAUGUCAACGAAGAAAUGAAUUGAUGCCAGGUCAUUUAUGCCAAGACUCAAGUUGUAGCAAUAGAAGUCAUGAUAUGCUGUCAGAAUUGCAGAUAUAAAUACAGAAUAGUGAUUAAAAUAAUGAAAAUAGGUGUGAAAAUAAUAAAGAGAACAGAAAAUUAUACAGGACAUUAACAUACUUAUUAUGUUAAUCUUCUCCACAGUAUUAUUAUAUGUACUUCUUGAUAUUCAGAUGAUAAGGUUUUAAUUGGUAGGUAGAUGUCUUCACAGUAAAACUAUAUCCCAUCAUUGUGAUAAAUGUUUAAAGACAGGUUACAAUGCAAAAUUUUCGAUUACAUCAUCUCCAGACAGCAGAUAUUGAACACUUAGUGCAAGACCUGAUAAUAGCAUUUAUUUUUUUCCUUUUAAUCUAAGUCAUACAGUAGAUCCUUUAUUGACACUUGUUUAACUGACAUUUGUUAUAACAGACUCCUUUGUUGCCUCUUAAUUUGGUCAAUUGACGCCAAAGUCGUUACUGCAGACAUCUCCGUGUUACAACUUACGAACAGACAGGGUUGGUACUUCUCGAGUGGCUUGUACAUACACACAGCCAAGCUUGCUCGCUAGUCACACGUGAAUGAUUCUUGCAUGUUUGCAUCAUGGAUAUCAGUCUGCAUCCCGCGACAGUGAAAGAAAGGAAGGUAGGACGUGACACAAAUAUUUACGACGGCCGACUCACCCUUCACCAGCCCAUAAAGAACAAGUGUAUCUGUGCAGGUUAUUCAGUGAUGUGCCGAACAGCGACACACACGACCCAUUCUAUUCCAAACAGUCUUGUAGCCAGUCAUUAGUUCUUUAUUGUACAGGCACAGUGUGUUCAUUUAAAUAAAUUAUUACAGGUCAUUGCGUUCAGUGAAAUAUUAUGUAUAAGUUUAAUUCUAUGUAGUUUAUUGUGUGUCAGAUUUAGGCUUAAAUUAGAUGAUGUACGAUAAUGUCUACGCAACAGGCUAGUUCUGCCGACAAGCUGUGAAAUUAAGUGGUGAAGUGAUAUGAGUUGGGCCAGCGAUGUUCAGAUAUUGCACAUGCGCGUGACUUGCCAUAACCCCCUGUUGACACCAUCUGCAAGAAUGUUGGCAUUAUUAAAUUCACUACAAAAAUAUGUCAUCGGUGUGUGCUACCAAAGUGACUCAUUCACGUAGCUCGCUAGUGGAAGUGAUGUAGAAAAUGCUUCUGCAAUGUUGUGUGUCAAUGUUUUGCCUGCCAUGAAUUUUUGGGACUGACUUGUAGAACUCUUAACAAAAGUCGCACAAUUGUUUGUGCUGGAUUCUUCCGUAGUGUGGUAGUAAUUUCAUAUAGUAAUGUACAUAGUACAAACUCGCCAUAUGGAUAAAACAAGAAUUAGUAAAUCUGCCUGUAGUUACAGGAAGAAGAAAGUUUUGCCAACCUGCCCCUCCUUAGAGGGAAACAAUCACUUGUCACAUGCACUCUCUCACUUCAUGUUGUUCUUUCUCUUACCCCGCUCCUGACAUCAUCACCGGAAUAUAGUAAAUUUUUGCAAAAAUAGAUUACCAAUCAUGCAACAAAACAGGGUUUAUACAUAAUAUAGUUGCCAACUUUAUCUUGUUUAUUAUUUCCUUUAAUGCACCAUUUUCGAGCAAAGAUGCAAAAUGAAGCAUUUGUAGGUCUAGGAACAUAACCCAGGGCAUUAACAUUGUUCAUUUUGGGGAAACAAGAUUUAAUUGACGAAUGUUUGACAGAAACGUAACUUGUCCGUUAAUCAAGGACUUAAUUGUACAUUAAAUUUUCACUUUGUAAGUUUUUAUCAUCUUUUUGGUAUGUGAGUUCUCCAGCAAACAUUAUUGCCCGGAACCCCGCACUGGCCCUUUUCAUUUUUAUGUUCAUUGUUUUCUGGUUUCCUGUGCAAAAUAUGGACCUUAAUUAGAAAGUGAAGAGUCAACAUUGUUAUUAGCAUCAUGUAAUUUUAAAUUGCUGGUCAAUGCCUUUUGAUUUCAAUUGAGUUUUCAUCAUAUUGUAUUAAACAAAACUUUCAAAGAUUUUACUGCCUCUUAUAAGAACACAAUUUCUCCCCAAUUUAAUUGUUAGCUACCAAAGUAUAUUUUAUCAGAAAAAAAAAUCAACAUUUCUUAGAAUAAAUUAGGAAAAUCAUUAUUUCAAUUUACGUUACAUGUUGGCAUACGUUUAUUACUUUUCAAAUUUCCCAGUGAAAGACCUCCGAAGGCCCCCAUCUUUCAUUUCUUUGGGCCUGUGCUUCAGGAAAAACAAUGCAUUUACAGACCGUCUCUCUUGCCCAGCUGUACUCACCGGCUCGCUCGCACUUGCUGAGUAAACACUGGGUGCAGUGAUGAUUAUUCAGAUUGGAAUUUGUGAAAAUUUCCCUGUCAUAAAUUCUACUCUGAAACUAUGAAUAAAAACUACAAUGAAAUCUUGUUACAAUGAGGUUACUAGAAACCUGCAUCUUUUUAUGUGCACUUAAUUAGCUUUAAAAUAAAUUGAGCAUGUAAAUUUCUGUUUUUCUGUACUGUCAAUGAAUUGAACUAAUUGAUUUAUUGGAA